AUGAACCCCUUGCUGGGCCUGGGCCUACUUUUGGCUGGCCUUCUCACCGUGGAAGGUCUUCUGAAGUCCGACUUCCCUCUGGGACCACAGUUUCGUGGACCUGUGAGCCAGAUCCAGUCAUGGAAGGGAAGGAGGGCAGCCCAGGAGCUCACAAAGCGAAACACAGACUUCAGCUGCAAACUUUAUAGAAAGCUGGCCUCCAAUAGCCCCAAUAGGAACAUCUUCUUCUCCCCCUUGAGCAUCUCCACAGCCUUCUCCAUGCUGUCUCUGGGUGCCCAGGACUCCACCCUGGAUGAGAUCAAGAGGGGCUUCAACUUCAAGAAUAUGCCAGAGAAAGACCUUCAUGAGGGCUUUCAUUACCUCAUCUACAGGAUGAACCAGGGGAGCCAGCACCUCGAGCUGGACCUUAAAAACACCUUGUUCAUCGACGAGAAGCUACAGCCACAGAAGAAGUUUCUGACAGAUGCCAAGAACCUGUACAAUGCAGACACUGUCCCCACCAACUUCCAGAACUUGGAAGAUACUCGGAAGCAGAUCAAUGACUAUGUCAGUCAGAAAACCCAGGGGAAAAUCAACAACCUGAUCAAGAAUAUAACCCCUGGCACUUUGAUGCUUCUUACAAAUUGCAUUUUCUUUCGAGCCAAGUGGCAACAUGAAUUUGAUCCAAAAGCAACUAAAGAGGAAGACUUCAUUCUGGAUGGAAACAAGCGAGUGAAGGUGCCCAUGAUGUUCCAUGGGGGCAUGUAUGAAGCCGGCUAUGAUAAACAGCUCUCCUGCACUGUUCUGGAAAUGCCCUAUCAGGGCACCAUCACUGCCACCUUCAUCCUUCCUGACGAGGGCAAAAUGAAGAAUGUGGAGGCGGCCUUGAAGAGGGACACUCUUGACAGAUGGAAGAAAUUAGUCACACGAAGGGUCGUAGACGUGUCCCUGCCCAGGUUCUCCAUCACUGGUAACUAUGACCUGAAGAAGAUGCUCUCUUACCUGGGUAUCACCAAAAUCUUUGAGGAGCAUGGUCAUCUCACUCGGAUCACCCCUCAUCAAAGCCUGAAAGUGGGUAAGGCGGUGCAUGAGGCGGUGCUGAAGAUGGAUGAGAAGGGUACAGAGGGUGCGGCCGGCUCCGGAGCCCAGAUGCUGCCCAUGGAGACGCCGCUCUCCAUCAAGCUGAACAAACCCUUUCUGGUGUUUAUUAGGGAUAGCGUCCUGCCCACCAUCAUCUUCUUGGGAAAGAUUGCUAAUCCUACUGGGGAAUAA